AACAGGCACUCAGCAGCUUCAGCUAAUUUUGCUAUUUUUUAACUGAACAAUAAAUUAAAUAAAACCACCAUGAACUUCUACAAGAUCUUCGUUUUCGUCGCCCUCAUCCUGGCCAUUACUGUGGGACAGUCGGAGGCUGGCUGGCUGAAGAAGAUUGGCAAGAAAAUUGAACGCGUUGGCCAGCACACUCGGGAUGCCACAAUCCAGGGUCUGGGAAUCGCUCAGCAGGCUGCUAAUGUUGCCGCCACUGCCAGAGGCUGAAUUCAAGCACUGAUCAUCCGACUACAACUACCUAUAUUUAAAACCUUAUUUAUUUUAUUUAAACAUAAAUUAAUAAAACGUAUGAAAAUGUAA